UUGGUUGUUGUUCCAGUGAUGGAGGACGAGGUGACCUUCCUGUUCCAGCUGGGCGUCAUUCGUGAUGCUGUCAGCGCUCCUCUCCACCGACUGACGCUGGCGCUGCUGAAGGAACUGGCCGUCAAGUUCGUCAACGAAAAGAUCCCAGAGAACGGUCUGAACCGCCUGUCCGAUCGUAUCCUGUUGUUCCGUCACGACUACUGUUCCCCCAACGUGCUGCAGCUCAUCAACUCCGCCUCGGACGUGACUGACGAGACCCUGGUCGAGAUCGUACUCACCGCUAACCCCCUGCUAUGUUCGGGAGAGGAGCCCGUGCCUGCUCUCCGACCUCACACACUAGCCGUACACUCCUACAAGGCGCCAACCUUCUGCGACUUCUGUGGCGAGAUGCUGUUUGGACUCGUGCGGCAGGGACUUAAAUGUGAAGGUUGCGGACUGAACUACCACAAGCGUUGCGCGGUGAAGGUGCCGUCCAACUGCCAGAGCAGUGCAUCCGUCACGCCUGCGGCGGGGGUGCGGCGUGCGUCGGGCGCGCCCCGGAGUCCCUCGCGCUCCUCGCACGGACCCUCACAGUCACAGUCCUCGCAGGAGGACUCGCUGACGGCGUCUAGUUCCAAGCGCGCCACGUCCUGGAGUUCGCUGGGCAUCCCGCACACGUUCCAGGUGCACACGUACACGCGCCCCACCGUGUGCAGACACUGUAAGAAGCUGCUCCGCGGACUGUUCAAGCAGGGCCUGCAGUGUGGCGACUGUCACUACAACGCGCACAGGAAGUGUCUGCCGCACGUGCCCAAGGACUGCGGCGGGGAGAUCAGGGACCAGCAAGGCGAGAAGGACGACACGAUCAGUACCAGCAGCGAGCUGUCCGAACAUCGAGCUGAUGAUGACUCAGAUGACAACGAGUCUAACAACCACAACCACGAGGAGAACGCGUUACGUGAGUGUGAGGAGGAGCCUCAACGUGACGUGAUCCCCGAGCGGGCCGCGAGUAGACCCAGCAGUUCGUCUUCAUCUCCGAGCACCAACAUCCCCCUGAUGCGUAUCGUGCAGUCCGUGAAGCACACCAAGAGACGCGACGGGCAGUGGCUCAAGGAGGGCUGGCUCGUGCACUUCACCAACAAGGAUAAGACGAUGAAGCGUCACUACUGGCGUCUGGACAGCGAGUCCGUGACGCUGUUCACGUCGGAGCAGGGCACCAAAUACUACAAGGAGAUACCGCUCAACGAGAUACUGGCCGUGGACAGCGCCAGGGUCCCUCAGGCCGAGGUGAUGCACUGUUUCGAGCUGCGCACGGCCAACGUGGACUACCUGGUGGGUGUGGACCCCGCGUGGGGGGGCGCGGGCGGAGCGCUCCCGCCGCCCGACUCCGGGGUGGGCGCCUACCUCGCGCGCUCCUGGGAGACGGCGCUCAGGCAGGCGCUCAUGCCGCACACGCGCUCCGGUACACACACACACACACACACACAAAUAAUAUAA